GGCCUGCAGAUGGACAAGGACAACGUCGAGUGCACAGGAGAUAAGGAGUGCAACAUGUGUUGGGACGUGUGCAGGUUCUUCAACGAUGACUUCGAAGUAUGGAGUCACAUGUGCACCGUGGAGGAAUUAUGUUUUCCUGGCUGUCGACAGGCCUGCUCUUUCUGGCACAAGACGUCACCGAAGCAACCAGGCAACCCAUUGACGGGCAUUUCCGACGUGAACGCUGGCGUGUUCCCUGAGCCUGCACGGCUCGAGGCCCAUGGUACUCAUGACGUGCGCGUCACCUGGUCCCGGCCUGAGAGUGCAGAGGACGACACCAUCGAGCGCGCGCUGGUCUACGUGGUCUUUUUAAGGGGGCUUGUCAACGAUCAACGCUGGGAGGACGUUGCACAGACGCAGUACCUCAACGCAACCGUCAGCCGCAGCCAACUGAAGCAGGCCUCGGAAGUUAAGGUUGUCGCGCUCUCGCCGUACGGUGUCUUUGCUCACACCCAAGUGGGCUUGGACCUGGCCUUGGCAGGCUUCGACUAUGUGCAGGCGGACGCCUCCGUCGCCAGUUCCCUUCCCAUAUUUGCUGCUCCGAAUGUGAUUGAAGUCAAGCACUCCAGCGGAUACCGAGUCGAGGUCAACAUCGCAUGGGAAUUCGGCCUCUUGCCACAAGCCAAGAACAUCAAGUAUGAGGUCAUGUGGAGGAUCCCUGACAAGGCGGCGGACGUGAGCGGCCGCAUGUACACGUCACGGCAGUCAGCCACACUGCAGCUGUGGGAGGGAACGUCGUACUCCAUCUUCGUGCGACGCCUGUCUCCUGUGACCGGCGAGCCCGAAGCUGAAACGCUCUCUCGAUACCUCCACACGCCUGUCGUCGAGCCCGAACCGAGCACACAAAACGCCGCCUCAACGGCCACUUGCGUGCGCCUUGAAGUGGUGGCGGCAUGCGCCGUCUUAGCCACGGCUAUCAUCUUCGUCUGCGUCGUCACGCUAGCCGUGGUCUUGAUGCGCAAGUCAGUCAGGCCCAGGAGAGAACAUCCUGCCUCUACCAAGUCUGCGUCCUCUGAAAAAAGCGGUUCUGAGCGGCGCAGCAGGCGAGGUUCGCAGCUCUGCAGCGGCACCAAGACUCUUCUCGGCAUGCAUCCUGCAAGCGGUCCGGCGAGCCCGGUUGGCGAGUCGCGUGAGGACUUACUGACUGAAGCGCAACGCGAAGGCCGAGGGGGUACCAACCAGUGCUUCGUCUACGACACCCAGUUGGCCUAACCUCUCACAAGGGAUCCUCUUGCGUGCAGCUCGCAAGCAUAACUCCAUCCGCAACACCCCCCCCCCCCCCUAUCCAAAAAAAUAUCGCUCACAAUCGGCAUUAAAUUAUUGCUGUCCCGCAUAUUCAACUGCAUCAUACAUGUAUAUUUCUACAGAGGUUUCCUUUGUACAUGCACUAUUUAUUACAUCCAUGCUAUUCACCAGUCAUUAAAUA